AUGAGUGUGACACACUCACCCCAACGAGGCAUGGACUCUGCAAAGCGGAAGCGAGCCGCCAAAGCUUGCAAUUACUGUAGAAAGAGAAAAAGGAAAUGUGAUGGACGACAACCAGUCUGUACGCUAUGCGAAGAAGCAAAUAACUCGGAAUGCGAGUAUCGUGAUGAAGGCAAUGAGAGCAAACGCAUUGCAAUCUCGGUAGACAGAGUCGAUGAAAUCUUUGACCGCCUUGAAUCUCUCGAAUCGACAUUCCAAUCCGCCUUAGCAAGACAACAAGAGAAAAGUCCAGUCCCAACACCAUAUUCCAUCCCCAGACCUGCCGAGGCCAUCAGCCCAGAAGAUGGCAUUAUCGCAGCAUCGUCAGUUCACUCAACAGGUCCUGGGACGCAAACAUCAUUAUCGCAAUUCGCCAACAACAAUGUCUUCAACACCACAAUGGACAUACCCCUGUCCCAUUCUUCGACGACAGGGAAUCUACUACGGUCAGCUCCCGCAAAGGCAUUGCUAGGUCACUAUCCUCCUGAUUUGUUUCUUCAUAUCGAGUUGAGACGCCCGGUUCCUGAAGGAUUGAGAUUGAAUGCGACACCAGCUAGUCAGAUCGAUAUCCCUUCACUGUCUCCGAAUGAGACCGAUCAUCUCGUCCGCAACUAUUUCCAACUGGUGCAUCGAUUCCAUCCUAUCCUCGAUCAACGAGCCUUCUACGAGCUGUACGAUCGCAUUCUUGAUCGGGGACCACAGCCGGACCUUCCUUCAGCUUUGGUGCUUGUCGUGUUAGCUCUUGGUACUGUCGCGGCCGAGACACCGAAUCGCAUGGACGCAUGCUGGAGUCCUGGAAUACGAUUCUUCACGCCAGCUGUACGACUACUGCUGACCGAGUCUUUGGGUUCCUUUGGUGGUGAUCCUCUUCUACCCCAGGCUUUGUACCUAGCUGCUCUGUAUUACAGUUACUUGUCACGGCCUUUACUCGCAUGGCGGUUGGUACAUAUGGCUUCUACUGACGUGCAGCACUAUUGGAUCAGAUCCGAGAAACUAUUACGAGACGGCCAAGGCGGGUCCCAAGACCAGUCCAUCCUGCGUGUCUUUUGGGCUAUCCUUGUACUUGAAUGUGAUAUCCUAGCAGAACAUCAUCUCCCUCGUAGCGGCAUAGAAAAAAUCGUUGAUAAACUUCCCUACCCAUGGUCUGAUGGCCCUUCCGAACCCUACAUGCACCGCUGGCUGGCCGACCUCUCAUCCCGCCGACUCCUCAAUCGAAUCCACUACGUUCUUUACGCCGAAGCCGAGCCAGGGACAGGAGACCCAGCAGACAGUUCCGAAGAAACACUGUCCAGCCUUCCGAAUCUAGCCCACGAGCUAAAUCGUCAGCUGGGAGCGUGGUAUCAUCUCCUUCCUCAUAGCAUCCGACCAAAUCUGGACAGUCCACCGAUCGGUAUUGAUGAUACCAUGGUGUCUAUACGGUACCACACUACUGGAGACAUCAUCUACAGACCGUUUCUGUACCAGGUUUGUGCGCUAGCGCCAGGGACGUCGCCGAACCCAGCAACUCUUGAGAAUGCUAGACAAUGUCUUGUGCAUUGUCGUAGGUAUCUCAACGCCGUGGAACACGCAGUUCACGCACCAACGGCCUCUUUGGAAAACCUUCUGCAUGGAACAAUGGCUGUUGUGUUACUCCUCUCAUUCGCCGCCUUUUCAAGACUGGAUGCAUUGAGAGUCCCAGAUUUGAACCAAUUGCAGGACAAAGGCAUCAGGAUCUGUGAAAGGUGGGCGUUUCCAGGGUCGAGCAUUGAGCAGAUGGUUGUCAUUUUGCGCGCCCUGCGAGCCAAAUGUAUAGAUACAGGUGGAUGA